GUGAGGUUGCAGAGACGUGCUAUGGCUUUGUAUGUGGGUGGGAAAGUGGCAGGUGGGGUAGUAGCACUGUUACUAGUCCGUACCUGGUGGCGUCACACACCCUCCAACAAGAGAUUCCCCCGAGCGAACCGGCGACUUCUCAGAUAUCCUCCGUGUGACAAAUUUCCUCCGCUGAUAAUGAGAUCAUAA